AUGGAAAAGAUUAGCAAUGUAACUGAAUUCAUCCUACUGGGCUUGACCCAGAAUCCAGAAUUGCGAAAAAUCCUAUUUGCUGUGACAUUGAUCGCCUACCUGAUCACACUGACAGGAAACUUGUUCAUCUCAAUCAUCAUCUUCAUCACCCCAGCCCUGGGUUCUCCCAUGUACUUUUUUCUGGCCUAUUUGUCCAUCAUAGAUGGUUUCUACUCAUCUUCCAUAGCACCCAAAAUGAUCUUUGACUUGAUUUAUGAAAAGAACACCAUUUCUUUCAAUGGCUGCAUGACUCAGCUCUUUGCUGAACACUUCUUUGCUGCAACUGAAAUCAUUGUGUUAAUGGUUAUGGCUUAUGACCGCUAUGUGGCCAUCUGUAAGCCCUUGCAUUACAUGACCAUCAUGAGACGACCUGUGUGCGUUUUCCUAGUGGUAACGGCGGGAAUUUUAGGGUUUAUUCAUGCAGGGAUCCAGAUUUUGUUCAUGGUCCAGUUGCCAUUCUGUGGCCCCAAUGUCAUUGACCACUUCAUGUGUGAUUUAAUUCCUCUCCUCGAGCUAGCCUGCACGGACACUCACAUUUUGGGACCCCUGAUUGCUGCCAACAGUGGCUCACUAUGCAUGCAUUUUUCUAUGCUGCUUACUUCCUAUAUUGUCAUCCUGCGCUCCCUGAGGAAUCACAGUGCUGAGGGGCGUCGCAAAGCCCUGUCUACCUGCGCUGCUCAUGUCACUGUGGUCAUCUUGUUCUUUGUGCCUUGUUCGUAUCUGUACCUAAGACCCAUGACCUCCUUCCCCACUGACAAAGUUGUCAUGGUGUUUUGCACCAUAGUAACUCCUAUGUUGAACCCCUUAAUCUACACCCUCAGAAAUGCAGAAAUGAAAAAUGCCAUAGAGAAAUUCUGGGGGCAAAUAAUGAAAAUCACAGAUUAA